ACAAAACAUCAUCGAGACACGUAGGAAGCUGUCAAAUAGAGCCCGAUCGAAUUUGUUGCUUUGGGGACACGCCAUCGAUUUGGUUGCAUCGUAAAAACUGCUUUAUAACCGAUCUCAUUAACAAAAAUCCGCGGAAAAUGGGCGUGUUUGAAUCUCUGGGCGUCGACGGUUUGUUAAGCGAUGUCCAACGGAUGGAUAAGCGACAGUUUUUCUUUCAAGUGCUUAGCUUCGGAAUGAUUGUUUCUUCCGCGUUAAUGAUCUGGAAAGGAUUGAUGGUAGUUACCGGAAGUGAAUCGCCCAUUGUGGUCGUACUUAGUGGCAGUAUGGAACCAGCAUUCCAUCGCGGUGAUCUGCUGUUCCUGACAAACCAGGAUGAACCGGUACGUGUCGGUGAGAUAGUCGUAUUCAAGAUUGAAGGGCGCGAUAUACCGAUCGUGCAUCGGGUGAUUAAAUUGCACGAGAAGAAUAAUGGUACGGUUAAGUUCUUGACCAAAGGUGACAACAAUUCCGUGGACGAUCGGGGUUUGUACGCUCCCGGGCAGCUAUGGCUCACCAAGAAGGAUAUUGUGGGCCGAGCUAGAGGAUUUUUGCCUUAUGUCGGAAUGAUUACGAUCUACAUGAACGAGUAUCCGAACCUGAAAUAUGGCAUUUUGGGAUUGCUGGCGUUGUACGUGCUGCUGCAUCGAGAGUGAAUUUUGAGUGGGUGCUUUUACGGGAAAUCAACGAUAAGGAAACAUGGUAGAAAAAGAAAUGAAGACAGUUAACUUUUUUUGUCGAAAGUAGUUCGAUCAGUGUUUCAAACGUGUCAGCUGCAUUUUCGGAUAGCAUAAAUUUGAAAAUGUGAAACCUAAACCAUAAGAAAAUACAAAAAAUGAUUGCUAUCUUA